GUUUCUCCCUCUCUCUUUCUCCUUCAAAGGCUUGUUGAACUGCCUGCGCUGCACUUUCCUUCUCUCCUGCCAAUCGACGCUCAGGCCCGGGAGUCCCAACUGAAUUGCCAACACUUGAUUUGUUUUUCGCAUGCGAGAAACACCACUUCACUUCCUCGUCCCUGCUUCAUCCACCUGAUCCUGAUUCUUCUUCACCCCCCGUGAAUCUCUGUUUCCUCGAGUGUGCUCCAGCAUCCUGCAUCCUUAACCAUCUCGACAUCCGUUGUCUUGUUCCAACUCUUCGGAUCCUACAAUUCUUAACCCUCUGCACGUCCGCGCGCCCUACCGCGGCCCUCGUCAGACCCCCCGGUUUCAUCAUCGACCGCUCAAAGUUCCCACACCUCAUUUCGAAAGCCUCACCUACGCAAAGUGGGGAAAUUAGCGCUUCUUCCGCCAACCCUCACUCUGUUCCCGCACUCUCUCUGCUGCUGCAUACCCAAUCCUCGACCCUCUCUUUUCGACUCGAGUCUCAACGGUCGUCCGCACUUUGAGCUCGUCGCCAUCCAUCGAAUUUUUGGCCGAGAGAUUCGCAGUCGACUGUGUCGCAAGUCAACGCUCUCAGUCUUCCCACUUCGGCUUCCGCGCGUCUCGUCUCCUCCUUGGACGUUCCCCGAGCGCCUUCUCCCUAGCCGACUGCUUCGUCGCCAAAGUGGCUCCCACACCUCCCUAGAAAUUGACAAUGUCGCAAAACAGGCCUGGCGGAGUGUUCUCUGGCUUGCGCAUGGGCGAGGUGGUACGGGAAAAGGUGCAGGAUGGCCUCACUGGGGAAACGAGGGAGAUGCAAUACACCCAGUGCAAGAUCGUUGGCAAUGGCUCCUUUGGCGUCGUCUUUCAGACCAAAUUGUCUCCCAGCGGGGAAGAUGCUGCCAUCAAGCGAGUUCUUCAGGACAAACGAUUCAAGAACCGCGAAUUACAGAUCAUGCGAAUCGUCCGACAUCCCAAUAUCGUUGAGUUGAAGGCCUUUUACUAUUCUAACGGUGAACGGAAGGAUGAAGUCUACCUAAAUCUCGUCCUCGAGUACGUGCCGGAGACAGUCUACCGAGCCUCGCGCUACUUCAAUAAAAUGAAGACAACCAUGCCAAUUCUUGAGGUCAAAUUGUACAUUUACCAGCUCUUCCGGUCCCUGGCCUACAUUCACUCGCAAGGGAUAUGCCAUCGAGACAUCAAGCCGCAGAAUCUCCUACUCGAUCCUUCGACUGGCGUGUUGAAGUUGUGCGAUUUUGGAAGCGCAAAGAUUCUCGUUGAAAAUGAACCGAAUGUGUCCUACAUCUGUUCUAGAUACUACCGAGCCCCAGAGUUGAUUUUUGGUGCCACAAACUACACCACCAAGAUCGACGUCUGGUCUACUGGCUGUGUGAUGGCGGAGCUUAUGCUCGGUCAACCUCUUUUCCCUGGCGAGUCGGGUAUCGAUCAGCUUGUCGAGAUCAUCAAAGUCCUCGGGACGCCAACGCGGGACCAGAUUCGUACUAUGAAUCCCAAUUACAUGGAGCAUAAAUUUCCUCAGAUCAAGCCUCAUCCGUUUAAUAAGGUUUUUCGGAAGGCAUCCCCUGAUGCUAUUGAAUUGAUCUCCGCUCUUCUGGAGUACACACCCACCCAACGGUUGUCUGCCAUCGACGCAAUGGUUCAACCUUUUUUCGACGAAUUGCGAGACCCUAGCACACGUCUUCCUGACUCUCGACAUGCUGGUGGUGCUUCACGCGAACUUCCACCUCUUUUUGAUUUCUCUCGUCAUGAACUUUCCAUCGCACCUCACCUCAACAACAAGCUCGUCCCUGCACACGCACGAUCACUUCUGGCCAGCAGGGGUCUUGAUGUGGACAACUUUACUCCUCUUACCAAAGACGAGAUGAUGGCUCGCCUUGACUGAGUCAGAGUUGCCGACAACGUUACGAAGUCAUGCCGAGAGGAAAUUUUGCUUCACCAAUGCGAGCAUGUUUGGGCGUCAUGCGAAGUGCGUUGGCCUACUACUACAGCGGGGCAACCAGCCAUCACGCUUCUAGAUGGAUAUCUUAGCAUUCAACAAGGUAUCUGUCGCGAACAACAACGGCUUAUUCGUGCUGGUCAGAAAUACAGGCUGUAGCCUCGCGACAAAACGACCUUGAUACAAAAUAGGGCUGAGCGUUUAUGAAAAAUUGACCUUUCAUUGGUCCGGCAGGGAAAGAUUGCUCUCAUCAUCGGGUCAUGGCAGCAGUGUGUUUGAGUUAUGAAUGGGAAGGAAAGAAAGUGAAGGGAAUGCUCGGCCGUCUUGGGCAAACGGGCUUGUGCUCAGGAAUAUGCAACAGACCAUAUGCUGCUGUUCGUAUAUUGAUAGUGCGUUCAUCUGCAUAUGACUGGAUGGACCUUAUUAGAGAACUCGAACCACAGAAGCUUGAGGGCCUGAAACCUCAUUACAAUUA